GGGAAAGGAACUGGGUGCUCCAGCACAUGACUCUAGAAACACUUGAGGUGUCCAUGCCCCCCCGUUCCUAGCGGAAGACCGGUGCGACAAUGACCAUCCAUGUAGAGGGGCUUGUGGCUAUCGCGGUCUUCUACCUCCUCAUCCUGUUCGUGGGCAUCUGGGCGGCAUGGAAGAACAAACACUCCGGGGAGGCGGAGGGCACCGACCGCAGCGAGACCAUCAUGGUGGGAGGGAGAGACAUCGGACUGUUUGUCGGUGGAUUCACCAUGACAGCGACCUGGGUUGGAGGAGGAUACAUCAAUGGCACAGCUGAGUACGUGUAUCUGCCGGACUAUGGCUUGGCCUGGGCACAAGCUCCCUUUGGAUAUGCCCUCAGUCUUGUCGUGGGUGGUCUUUUCUUUGCCAAGCCCAUGCGCUCGCGAGGUUACGUCACCAUGUUGGACCCCUUCCAGCAGCUGUACGGGAAACGCAUGGGCGGCCUGCUCUUCAUACCUGCGCUCAUGGGCGAGAUCUUCUGGUCCGCCGCCAUCUUGUCCGCCCUCGGUGCCACCCUGAGUGUCAUCGUGGACAUCAACAUCAAGAUGUCAGUGGUCAUCUCCGCACUCAUUGCCAUCUUCUACACCCUGGUCGGAGGACUGUACUCUGUGGCCUACACUGAUGUUGUGCAGCUCUUCUGUAUCUUUGUUGGCCUGUGGAUCAGUGUGCCCUUUGCUUUGACCAACCCUGCGGUGUCGGACAUCACUGUGACUGCAGUGAAGCAGGUGUACCAGUCGCCCUGGAGAGGCAGCGUCCACCAGAGCGACACCUGGGUCUGGAUCGACAACUUCUGCCUCCUGAUGCUGGGAGGAAUACCCUGGCAGGUGUAUUUCCAAAGAGUCCUGUCUGCCUCCUCCGCCACCUACGCCCAGGUCCUGUCCUUCCUGGCUGCUUUCGGCUGCCUCGUCAUGGCUGUGCCCUCCGUUCUCAUCGGAGCCAUCGGGGCCUCCACAGACUGGAACCAGACAAGUUACGGUGCCAUCGCCCCUAAAGACAAGGAGCAAGCGGACAUGAUUCUACCCAUCGUGCUCCAGCACCUUUGCCCGCCAUUCGUCUCUUUUUUCGGCCUCGGUGCGGUGUCUGCAGCCGUCAUGUCAUCUGCAGACUCUUCCAUCCUCUCAGCGAGCUCCAUGUUUGCGAGGAACAUCUACCAGCUCGCCUUCAGACAGUCGGCGUCCGACCGAGAGAUCGUGUGGGUGAUGCGCAUCACCAUCUUUGUAUUCGGCGGCCUCGCCACGUUGAUGGCGUUGGUAACCGGGACGGUUUACGGCCUGUGGUACCUGAGCUCCGACCUGGUUUACGUCAUCAUCUUCCCUCAGCUGCUCAGCGUGCUGUUCGUCAAAGGCACCAACACGUACGGCUCGGUGGCCGCCUACCUGUUCGGCAUGUUGCUGCGCAUAGGUGGAGGUGAACCCUACCUGCGCCUACCUCCAUUCAUUUACUACCCCGGCUGGACCACUGAGCAGCGGAUGCACCCCAUCACUGAAGAAAUGGAGGAGGUCGUCAUCCAGAAGUUCCCCUUCAAAACCGUCUCCAUGCUCGCCUCCUUCCUGGGUAACGUGGCCGUCUCCUACCUGGCAAAGUACCUGUUCGAGAGCGGCAAGAUUUCACACAAAUACGACAUUCUCGACGCGGUGGUGUCCAAGCACAGCGGAGAGAUUAUGGAUAAGACGACACUUGUGACUCGCGGCAACAACAUCGGGCUGUCGGAGAUGUCGUCCGUCAAGCCGCGGCUGAGCGUGACCUUGGCGGCCGCCUUCACGCGCCGUGACACGCUGCCGAAGGAAACGGUGGAGGAGGAGGAGGAGGAGUCCAGCCCCGACUCCUCUCACCAUGAUCACGAAUGACAAACUCAGGAUGUGAUAAAAAAGAAUUGAAAAAAAAAAAACAUAUGUGACUUGACUGCCAGAGAACCGGUUACUCUGUCAGAAACUCCCAAGUAAACAUCCGCCCACUGGACUACAAAGUUCCACAUCCCGCCUACCGUGAUUGGAUAACAGCCACGUGUCGGGAUAUAUAGUGUAGCAGCUUGCUGAGUGCCCGGACAUGACGCUGACGCAUCAGACACACACAUACAUUCAUAUAGUACCUAUAGAUAGUUGGAUGUACUGUAUAAUCAUGUAUUUUUUAAAACUGGUUUAUGUUCAGAGACUCUUAAAGGGACAGUUCACCCAAAAAUCAAAAAUACAUAAUUUUCCUUUAACCUAUAGUCUCAUGUAUCCCAUCUAGACUGUUCUGCUGUGAGAUGGUGAGCUUCGGUGAUAUCGGCUUUCUCGUGAAUAUAAUGGAACUAGAUGGCACUCGAGGAAGCCCAGCAGCUCAGCAUGUCUUUUGCAGAAACCAGAGACGUGCUCACUCAAGAUAAUCUGCGCUUCUUGUUUUGAGCGGUCUCAUGUCCGAAAACAAGUUUAUUUCAAGCACCUAUUCAUGGAUGUGAGGCUCUUGCACGUGACAGUGCUGGAUGUAAACAUGAAAGGUGCUCUCCUCAGUCGAUCUGUAAGGUUAGCUAGUUUAGCUUAGUGAGCUAACCUCUUGGCCACGAGGGGAGCCACACUUCCCAGAAUAGUUCCGGCAUGAGACUGCUCACAGCAUGGUCUGUGGACCAUUAUCUGCUCUAUUUAUAAUUACCCAUACAGAUAAAUGGCUGAUAAUAUAAACCUCUCAUUAUUAGAACAAUAAUUUAUUGGGCUGGUAUAUAUAUUGUGCACUCCUACUGUUGAAUUUAUACAUUUUUGUGCCAUCAGGUUUCAUUCAAGAUGGCCCAUUUUUUUCACAACUCACACCAAAACGUUACAGAUGGAUAAACGCCGCUUCAUAUAAGAGAAAAAAAUGCAGAUUUGUGAUUUGGGGGUGAGCUGUCCCUUUAAUAUGAUUAAUUUCAUUGUGUCUCAUACAAAGCUGCAGAUGAGAUGCUGCGUAAAGAGGUAAAAUAUCAGAUCAUAAAUGUGACGAGGAACAAAACAGACGACCUGACAGCACAACCACAGCUUGGAUGGAGGGUAUUACGUACCGAUAUAUUUGCCGAUUAGAUAAAAGCAAUAACGCAUACACACACACACUUCAGCACCUGUACAGCGAUUGUGAGGAAAACCUGACGGUGAGAGAGUGUAAGUAAAAUCGAUCCACAUCGGCAGAUGAUGCAAAACGGGACAUUUUACCGCUUCAGUAUGUCACAUCACACUGAUAACUCUGUCAUGUGUAAUCAGAUUCACAUUAGUGGCAGGAAAAAACAAAACAAACAAAAAAAACUGGUUUUAGACUGUAACGACAUCAAGUGAAAUACUUCAGACACUUUUGGCAAAACUCCUUUUGUCUGAUGCAGUUUAUGCCGGGCGAUCGUGUCUCUCGUGUGUGUUAUUAAUUAUUACUGAUGAACGAAGAAUCGAGACAGAAACAAUCCAUGUAUCAUGCUGAGUAGAAAAUAUACAAGCAGUAGUGACGGUAGUGGACUUGAAGCAUUAGCUAAUAUUCUCUUUAAUGUCGGUUUUAAUCAUAAGAAUCCGUAAGAAGUAGUGUUUUAAAGUUAUCUUGUAUUUUAACUGCCUUAACAAAGCUCAGAAGAAGAGACACUUUUCAUUUCCACAGUCGUGACCGGACCGUCGGUCAGGCUGCAGCAAACAAAGACUUGAACAUGAAUGUAACCUCGACAAAAAAGAUCUAAUUAUAUCACGUUGUGUGUUUCAACUGCUGUUUGUGGGUUUAUUAUUAUUAUUUUUUUGUCUUUUCUGUUGUUUUGUGAUUUUGCAAAGUCAAAUAUUAACUGUUGGGGGAAAAAUGUGGCGACAGA